GGGCUCGGGGCCACCUUCUCCUUAGCCAGGCGGAGCCCUCUCCCGAUAGGUUUCAGCCUGAGCCUCCCCCCCUUUUUCCUUCCCCCCCUUUUUUUGAAACACAUUUUUCCUGGCUUCGGACCUCACACUGCUGCAGCUCGAACCUUCCCUGGGCUCGGCUCUCUGGGGCUGCCCAUCCCUCCGGCUCGGAGGAAGGACGCUCGCCCGGCGUCGGGCGAAGAAAAGAAGAAAAACUUGUCGGAGGGGUUUCGCCAGCCCUCAGGAACCCCCUUCCCGCAAACCCACACCUCCCGCGGGGCCCAUCCCACGACUGAGGAAAGUUCCUUCCAGGCCGACCGCCCUCCGGGAUCUGGAGGAGGCACGGCGCAGGCUGUGGAAUUAGGUCUGUUUGCAACCCAGCGGAGCGCAUCGCUGGGGCUCGGGAGUCAGCGCCCGCGGGCACCGGGGUGGCGCUGCCUGCCUGCAGCCGAGAGUUUGCGAGCCCUGCUGCAAGUGGCCUUUCUCUGCGCAGUUCUGUGUCCAGUGCGGGCUGCGAGUGUGGCAAGUUGCGAAGAGAGACCCGGAGGUCCGGACAGCUGCGCUCCCCUUGCGCUCUUCUCGCCUAAAGCUUGUGAAAUCCCGGCGACAUUGACCAAGGCCUCCGGGUGCCGCCGAGACCGAUCUCAGCAGCGCUCGGCCCGGUCGCCUCCACUGCCGCCCGGAGCCGGCCGGGGAGCAUAGAGCGCAGGGGAAGGACUGGCGGGGCGUGGAGGGAGGCGGCGGCGGCGGCAUGGCGAGGUUCCCGAGGGCCGACCUGGCCGCGGCAGGAGUUGUGCUACUUUGCCACUUUUUAAUGGACCGGUUUCAGUUGGCGGAAGGGGAGCCUGGAGAUCAGGUCAACGAUUGGCAGUAUGAAGUUGCCCAGGCCUUCCCUCACACAGAAGAGGAGGUGGAAGUGGACUCGCACAUGUACAGCCACAGGUGGAGAAGGAACUUGGACUCUCUCAAGGCCGUAGACACUAACCGAGCCAGCAUGGGCCAGGACUCUGGGGAUCCCCGAGGCUUCACAGACCUGCUGCUGGAUGAUGGGCAGGACAACAACACCCAGAUCGAGGAAGACACAGACCAUAAUUACUAUAUAUCUCGGAUUUACGGUCCAUCUGAUUCUGCCAGCCGGGAUUUGUGGGUAAACAUAGACCAAAUGGAAAAAGACAAAGUGAAGAUUCACGGAAUAUUGUCCAACACCCAUCGACAAGCUGCAAGAGUGAAUCUGUCCUUCGAUUUCCCAUUUUAUGGCCAUUUCCUACGUGAAAUUACUGUGGCAACUGGGGGUUUUAUAUACACUGGAGAAGUUGUACACCGAAUGCUAACAGCCACGCAGUACAUAGCACCUUUAAUGGCAAAUUUUGAUCCCAGUGUAUCCAGAAAUUCAACAGUAAGAUAUUUUGAUAAUGGCACAGCACUUGUUGUCCAGUGGGACCAUGUACAUCUGCAAGAUAAUUACAACCUGGGAAGCUUCACCUUCCAAGCAACCCUUCUCAUGGAUGGACGCAUCAUCUUUGGAUACAAAGAAAUUCCUGUUUUGGUCACACAGAUAAGUUCAACCAAUCAUCCAGUGAAAGUGGGGCUGUCAGAUGCAUUUGUCGUCGUCCACAGGAUCCAACAAAUUCCCAAUGUUCGAAGAAGAACAAUUUAUGAAUACCACCGAGUAGAGCUACAAAUGUCAAAAAUUACCAACAUUUCAGCCGUGGAGAUGACCCCAUUACCUACGUGUCUACAAUUUAAUGGUUGUGGCGCCUGCGUAUCCUCUCAGAUUGGCUUCAACUGCAGUUGGUGUAGUAAACUGCAAAGAUGUUCCAGUGGAUUCGAUCGCCAUCGGCAGGACUGGGUAGACAGUGGAUGCCCUGAAGAGUCUAAAGAAAAGAUGUGUGAGAAUGUAGAUCCAGUGGAAACUUCUUCUCAAACCGCCACAACCAUACGAGCAACAACCACACAGUUCAGAGUGUUGACCACCACCAGAAGAACCGUGACAUCCCAGAUGCCCACGAGUCUACCCACAGAAGAUGAUACCAAGAUAGCUCUACAUCUAAAAGAUAAUGGAGCUUCUACAGAUGACAGCGCAGCUGAGAAGAAAGGGGGAACCCUCCACGCCGGCCUCAUCGUUGGAAUUCUCAUCCUGGUCCUCAUUAUCGCAGCAGCCAUCCUUGUGACAGUCUACAUGUAUCACCACCCGACAUCAGCAGCCAGCAUCUUCUUCAUCGAGAGACGCCCAAGCAGGUGGCCUGCGAUGAAGUUUCGAAGAGGUUCUGGACAUCCUGCCUAUGCAGAAGUGGAACCAGUUGGAGAGAAAGAAGGUUUUAUUGUAUCUGAGCAGUGCUAAAAUUUCUAGAACAGAACAGCACCAGUACUGGUUUACAGGUGUUAAAACUAAAAUGUUGCCUAUACCUUUAAGACAAACAAACACACAAACAAAGGAGACCUAAGCUGCUGUAGCCUGAAGGAGAUGAGAUUUCCGGACAAGCCCAGCCCAGGAAGGGUAAAAGAAAACCUAAAACUUGUCCCAGGUCCCAUUUACACUGAACGUAGCAUUCCCUCGUGGAAUGACAUCUGAGAUCACGCGGAUUCUCUCCUGUGGAUUUAUCAGAAGUAUGACAAGGUCACAAUGCUUUUGGCUUAGGUGCAGGGUUGCAAAGGGAUCAAGGAAAAAUUAUAAUAAUAAAGCUUUAGUUCACGAGGGAUCUAUACCUUUGGUUCAAAUUGUUCUUCUCUGCUGUCUCAAAAAUAACUGUUCCAAAGCCUGAACACUUUCACUCAAAAGAGCAAUGAUGAGUGCUUCAAGAUUGCUAAGAAAAGUGGUUCAUGCAGGAGCAAAAACACACAGAAAAUAAGAGAUUUUCUGUCUUCCCAAAAUAGAUGUGUGGCAAAAGGAUUGUGUUUUCCUGGUCCAGAUCGAUCUGCACCAACAAGUUCAUUCCUAUACAGGAUAAAUCUUGUAUCUGUACAAGAGGUUCAAACGAUGCCUGCCUCAUCCUUGGUAAUGAAUGCCCUUUCUAUGACCUGUGACAAAAUUUCCAAACUUUUAACUGAGGAUUAGGAAAGAGGGUGUGGUCCAGGAGGCUUUGUGUGCUCCUGCCUCGGAAUAAAACAUCUGACUUGUUUUAAGAAGCAUUGCCUCCAUUUUCCAACUGUGAAGUCCCCAUGAAGCCACAGUUGCUCUUGGCUGAUGAAAAACAAAAGGAAAGAGAAUGAAGAGUUUCCUAAUCGUUUUCGAGACAAAAAUGUUAAGGGAUUUUAAAUAUAUAGUUUUUUGUUUCUGUUUUUUGCCAUUUUGGCACUAGAGGCCCAUUUCAUUGUUUUGUCGAUUCCUGUAUCCCUGGUGAUAAAAAGAAUGAAAGAACCCUGCUAAAAUCAUACAGUAAUUUUCUUUAAAGCACAUAGUAGUUACAUAAAUAUAUAUAUAAAUCUAUUUUGUUUAUAACUAACACAAGGCAGGCUCUUGUGACUCUAAGAGUGCAUUUUGUCCUCAAGACAAAAGAAAUGCAAGCUGCAUCACUGCAUUCCAUAGAGUUGUAAAAUAAUCCUUGAUAUUAGAAUAUUUUUAUGUCACUUAGCAAAAGUGGUUCAAUUAGUUGCAGUGCCCAUCAUUUUCCUGCCUCUUUGAUCCACUUUUUCAUUCAUAUCAACCUCUUCCCUCUCUGGCUAAAUAAAGCAGAUGCAAAAUCUCCUUAGAAGGAGCUAUAUCAUUUGCCCUUUCAUUGCAAUCCAGAUUUUGAAAAUUCCCCAUGAAUGAAGAAAGGAAAGGCAAUGCUUGAGGAGGAAGGUGGUUGAUAUGUAUCGCGAGCUCCUAAAGUUCAAUUCAGGUACUGCGCGUACAGUUCCGUCACCCUCACAGCCCAUCACAUAUUCCCAUUUUGUGCCAAGAAACUAUUGGUUCUUGAAAGGUACAGUGCUCAACAUUUGCAGAUUCAGGUCUCACGAGGUGGAGAUGUGUCAUCAGCAGCACGUUACUGACCUGUUUUGCAUCUGGUCACAAUGUCUGCCUUGAACAGCAUCCGUCUCCUAACAGACUAUCACACUUGAGCAUCGCCUUGGCCUGAUGCAAAUGAGUGCCAUUUUCUAUCGCAUAUAUUUUGCUUGACUUUUUUAAGUCUCUGGUGAGAGUGGUAACUUUCUCCUUACCCACUUAGUAAAUAAUUGCAAAAAAGGGAAAAAAAUUGAAAAGCAAGUUGAUGGAAGGAUGUGAUGACAAUCUCUGCUGUAGCUCCAUUCAGUUUAGAUGAAAUAAUCCAACGUAUUUUGAGGGAGUAGGUUU